UGAAAAGCCAACCAGAUGGCGGGCUCGACAGAGGAGGUUCAAGUGGGUGAUGAACAAGAGAAAGCCAUUCUUCAGGUCCUUAAAUCUGAUAGGAAAAGCCAGCGCCCGGCACCAACAAGGCAGGAGAUGGAUGCUUUGGAACCAUUGAGCAAGACCCACCACGGCCCUCCGAUCAAGUAGCCUACAUAGACACACUGUCUGGGGAAGAUUACGUCAGCCAUAACUCACACCUGGGCUCCAUCUUCUCCAUUGCACUGUUGCGGCUCCAGCCAGAAGGCGACACAGGCCUGACACAGGACAUGGAGGGGGCCACCCUCCAGUGUUGUAUCCCAGCCGCUAUUGCCCCUUCAGAGAGGGCAUUCACAUGGUGACAAUAGUGUGACCUGCCACAGAUCUGCUUUGAAGCCAGUAUACGUUUGCAGACUUGUUUUAUGGCUAACAACCUAGAUGGUAGUUGUUAGCAAGGAGGCUGGCUAAGUAAACCGGUAACAGUAUUUGUCUUUUUGUACAGAUAGAGUUGAACCGUUGUACUUUGAACAUGCACUGUUGUAUUUUGAGUUAAAGCAAGGCCAACCAAGUAAAGAGAUAAGACUCUGGAAACGAAACCUAAACUCAACCAAGUCUGCGGAGAGACGACCUUCGUCGAAUGAGUCCCUAUAGCGAGAUCUCCAUACUCUCCAGGAGUGAGGCGCGCCUCCAGGGCACCACCAGCCCGAGACGCCAAGUUGGUGGUCGUGGGGUCGACAUGCUGCUGCCGGACAAUCGGACGGAGGUUUGGACCGACAUAUUGGGCUUCAACAGGACGGGUCUCGGUGCCGAGGAGGACCCGGGAGGUCCAGAGGCUGUAGCAGUUCCUGUGAUCUUCGGAGUUAUAUUUGUGCUUGGUGUUGUUGGGAACAGCUUGGUUAUGUUUGUCAUCGGCAAGAAUAAGUCCGGAAAGCGCUCUGGGAGCACCACCAACAUCUUCAUCCUGAACCUCAGCAUAGCAGACCUGUCCUUUCUGCUUCUUUGCGUCCCGUUUCACGCAACUAUUUACUCUCUGCCUGAGUGGAUAUUCGGAGCGUUCCUAUGCACAUUUGGACACUAUUUUGUCAUGGUUAGUAUGCUGGUGAGCAUUUUUACACUUGUGGCCAUGUCGGUGGACAGAUACAUCGCCGUGGUGCACUCCAAAAAGGCUCCGUGCAUUCGCAACCGGAGAAAUGCCCUGAUCGGAGUUGGUCUCAUUUGGGGAUUGUCCUUCAUCUUCGCCAUCCCAGUGGCACAGCACCAGAUCUUGACCAACCACCCCAACGCCCCUAACAGCACGUUUUGUUGGGAGAAGUGGAUCGGUGCAUCAAAACAAACAUAUAAAGUCACUAUUUUUGCGUUUGGUUAUCUGCUGCCUUUGGGGCUGAUCAUAUGCUGCUAUACAAAGGUAUUGUUUCAUCUACAUAAGAAGCUUAAGAAUAUGUCAAAAAAGUCUCAACGUUCAAAAAGAAAGACCGCCCAGACUGUACUGCUGGUGGUCACCGCCUUCACCAUCUGCUGGAUGCCCUACCACGUCAUCACAAUGUGGGUGGAGUUUGGCACCUUCCCCCUGACGGACGCCUCCUUCGUCUUCCGCAUCGCGGCCCACUGCCUCUCCUACGGGAACUCCUGCAUCAACCCCGUACUCUACGCCUUCUUGUCUGAAAACUUCCGCAAGGCAUGCCGCCAGGUUUUCAACUGCCAAUGCCUUCGUCCACCACCCCCUGUUGAGAAGGUGAAGCGCAGCCGCAUGGACACCUUCUCAACCACCCAUUCCGGCGCCAACAUAUGACUAGAGAGAGCAAUUUUCGGUUGGUGAAUUGUCCUUUCCGUGACACCUGGAAGCAGAAAGAAAUAAACCAGAAACAAAGGGGCGGCAUGUGGCUCAGGAGGUAGAGCGGGCUGGCUGGUAAAGGGAAGGUUGUUAGUUCGAUCCCCGAGUGUCGGGGUGUCCCUGAGCAAGACGCCUCACCUCAAACUGCUCCCGACGAGCUGGCUGUCGCCUUGCAUCGUUGACACUAACAUGACUUAGGGAAUAUUGUGCGCUUUGUGUGGCCACUGUUUUAAAAAAAAAUGCUGUAUGAAUGCAGUCCAAAAAAUAAAGAAACACUGAAAAGGAAAACGUUGGCUCAGAUUAAAAUGAUACAAGGGUGCUGUGGCUAACUCUCAGUGCAGGGACAGAACUCUGAUACAAACAGAUCUGAUUGUUCAGCCUAUAGUGAAGCAAACACAAAGUACACUGACACAAAAGGGACUGCACAUUAUGUUUUAUAACUUUAAUAGGGGUUCAGCGUGAACAUUUAUGUGACAAAUGUGAAAAUCCAAAGGAAAGAACCUCAAUGGCUGAACUUGUGUAUUAGUGUUGAGAGACCUUCUUAAGAGAACGGAACAACGUUCAGCCCCAGUCUGCAUAGGCUGCUCAUGCUCCAUUCAUUAACAUCCACUAAACCGUGAGACCUGUUGCAAUGAGACAAACAAGGAAGAAGACCGGGACCCUAAACAGAAGAAGGCUAAGGCAAUUCAAUAGUGGAAGAGGAAAGAUAUUGGUGAGAAGUUAACUGUGCUCAUGCCUUAAGCUAUAUAUUGUAUAUAUUCUAUGUAGUGUGACGGAAGCAGGUACAAUAUGUUGUAAAUAUUGUUUUUUGAAAUACCGCUCAAGUAAGAAAACCUGGUGAAGUUUGUGCUGUUUUUUUCUCCCACUUGAAUUUAAUCAAACACGUACCUCCCUUUAUUUUACUCCUCCCUUACUUACCACCUUACCGUGUACACAACCCACAGAGAUCAAAAUAUGUAUUUGUCUCUUCUUGUUAACUCCAGAGAUCUUCCCCCAAGGUAUUGUGGUGGGGUGGGGUUUCAGUGUAGUGCAACAUCUAAGCCUCUUAAAGUGUUAAUCCACUAUCAACCCCACAACCAGAUGGCCAAACCUCGCCAUGUGUUUCAGUGUGUGUGUGUGUAUGUGUGUGUGUGUGUGUGUGUGUGUGUGUGUGUGUGUGUGUGUGUGUGUGUGUGUGUGUG